AUGACAGAACAAAAAAUCACCCCCUUCGAAGUCUCCGGCGGCGUCGACGAGUCUGGCCACAUAAAGCCCGUCGACUACGACAAAUUGAUCCGCGACUUCGGCGCCACGCCUAUCUCGCCCGAACUGCUCGAGAGAUUCGAAAAGGCCACUGGCAGGAAACCCCACAGAUUUAUGCGCCGUGGGAUAGUGAUAUCGCACCGCGAACUGGAAAAGAUCCUGAGCAGAUACGAAAAGGGCGAAAGAUUCUACCUCUACACGGGAAGAGGGCCAAGUAGCGACAGCAUGCAUGUCGGACACAGCGUCCCUUUCGAAUUCACUCGCUGGCUGCAGGAAGUCUUCGACUGCCCUCUCGUGAUCCAAUUGACAGACGACGAAAAGUUCAUGCACUCCAAAACCAUCAGCAUGGAUGAUGCAACUCGGUACGCAAGAGAAAAUGCAAAGGACAUCAUUGCAUUGGGCUUCGACCCAAAAAAGACAUUUAUCUUCUCAGACUUUGAGUACAUGGGCGGUGCAUUCUACCGCAACGUAUCCUUCGCAGCAAAACACAUCACGCUCAACCAGAUAAAAGGAGCAUUUGGAUUCAAUGACAGCAACAACAUUGGUGAAUUCCAUUUCCCCGCAACCCAGUCUGCACCCUCAUUUGCAACAAGUUUCCCGCAUAUUUUUGGCACAGAUGCCAAGGCUGUCCCGAGGAUCCUCUGCCUAAUCCCUUGCGCAAUCGACCAAGAUCCCUAUUUCCGUGUCUGUCGUGAUAUAGCAGAGAAGAUGAAAUACGAGAAACCAUGUCUCAUCCACUCCCGCUUUCUUCCCGCUUUACAGGGCGAAGGCACAAAGAUGUCCGCCAGCGUUGAUUCCUCGGCGAUAUUCCUAACCGACACGGCCAACGCGAUCAAGAAGAAGAUCAACCGUUUCGCGUUCUCCGGUGGGCAGGAUACUGCAGAGAAGCAGCGUGAGCUGGGCGGGAGAACGGAGGUCGACGUGCCGUACAAAUACCUCACCUUCUUCCUGGAGGACGACGAUGAAUUAGCGAAAAUCAAGGAGCAAUAUGAGAAGGGAGAAAUGAUGACCGGGGAGAUCAAGGCGAUCUGCAUCAAGGAGUUGCAGCGAUACGUGGGUGAUUUUCAGGAGAGGAGAAAAAAGGUGAGCGAGGAGGUGGUACAUGACUUUUUCAGCAGGAAAGGGCUGCUGUUUAGAGGGGCGCCAGCGGAUCAGAAGACGGUUGCAGCAGGUGCAGGAACGGAUAAAGGCGCAGCGAAGGAGAACGGCCCAAAGAAAGAAAUCCCUUUGCGGUGA